UUACUGCAGCCCAACAAAACAAAACGCCUGCUUCCUCUUCCUCCUCUGGGGCAGGUUCCUGCUUUGGAUUCCUGCUCCGCUCUUCUCACCUGCACCUUUGCCAAUUGCGGCGCUUUCACCUUCAUCCCCAAACCCAAACAGAUUGAACAUUCCACCCAUUCCCCGUUAUGGUCGGAAUGGCCCGAUUCGGUCGGGGCAAGAAGUCACCCAAGCCAGGAACCAACCAUGCUGACCCGGACAUGCUUUCGCUGCCUACGUCAGAUCCUCGUCGAGCGCCUCGUGUCAGCCUUCCCCAUGUGGAAACGCAGUUGAAUAUGCAUCAAUACAAUGGACUCUUCAAUGAAAUCUCGAACCCCGACCAGCUGAAUGGGGCUCCGCCCGCCCCUUCCUCGCCAGAACCCGUGAGACCCACGUCCCCCAGCGGCACCAACGGCGUCGCGAACCACGAUACCAACCAAGAUCCUCCGGCAACUGAAUGGUCGUCGGCUGUCGGUCAUGCGGCCACGGGCAAGUCCGGGCGCGUUAUCCAUAACCUCCAAGAAGAAGUCGCGCGCUUGACCCGGGAGUGUAGUCUCUAUCGCUCCCGCGCCGAAGAGACGCAGCGCAUGAACGAUGCCUUCAAGGUUCAGGUCCAGAACAUGACCGAACGUCUCCGGAACCUCGAGCAAGCGAACGAGACGAACCUCCAUUCGAUCGUGCGGAAAGACAAGAAGAUCGAUGAGCUACGUGCGGAGGUGCAGACCGAGAAGGACCGGAGGGUUCAGGCGGAGGGCGAGGCCAAGAAAGUCAACCAACUGAUGGGGGUCGCCCGCGACGAUUUCCACCGCAAAUGCGCCGAGUUGCAGGAGAUCUCCAAUCAUUCGCGAACCCAGUACGAUGUUCUGGCCAAAUCGGCACACCGGGAACGAGCGGAGCAGCAGAGACGGCUCAAGUCGAUCAGGGAUGAUAUCACGACCAUGAAGAAGCAGUUCGACGACAAGAACACCAAGUUGGAGCGCUUGGAUGCAAUCAUGGCCGAGAAGGACCGGGAGAUUGAGCUCAACCGAGACCGAUUCGACCUGCUAUACGCCAACUUCCAGACCUACAAGCGGGCGCAAGACGAAGAUCUCCGAACGCUGAUUGAGUCGGGCCGGCAAGGCGAUGCCAAGAUCGACGCCGCCCUGACUUCGCUGAAAGAGACCGAAGGAACGAUGAAGUGGAUCAUUCAACUCAAGCAGCAAGUCAAAGACGCCCAAUGAAUAUCCCCAAGUCUAUGACGGUCUAAGCAAUAUUUACUGCCAUGGGCCCCUUCGAUUGCCAGGCUCAAGUCAACGGCGGGCAC